AUGAACCAACUCGCAAUCUUCCUGGUUUUUUUCAUAGUUUUGGCCGCCGCGCUCGCGGGGCCAAGCGGAAACCGGUAUGGUUGGCCAAGUUCUUACGAAAGGUUCCUUGAGAGACAAGGAGUCUGGGAUUACAACAGACACGAUGUCCGCUCCGAUUAUGGCCGCCGUGGAAACUACGAACGCAACCUCAAUGAUCUGUACGAUGACUGGAAAAAGCAAACGAGAUGGGGACAAAACGACUACAGAUCCAACAGAUUCCAACAACCAACUGGAGGAUACGGCCGCUACGGAUUCCCAGGUGGAAAGUAA